AUGAUAAAUUUAUUACCGAGCAUUCUUUCCAUCCUCAUAAUAGUGCAAUGUGUUCUAGGAAGUUCUGCCAAUGGCUUCAUAGCGCUGGUGAACUGCAUUGACUGGGUCAAGAAACACAAGAUCUCCUGUGCUGAUGGAAUUCUCACUGCUCUGGCUGUCUCCAGAAUUACUUCACUCGCGAUAAUAGUAUUCAAUUGGUAUGGGUCUGUGCUGCAUCCACCCAUCUAUAAUUCAGAAGUAAAAGCUAUUAUUCAUAUUACCUGGGUAGUAAGCAACCAUUUUAGUCUAUGGCUUGCUUGUAGCCUCAGCAUACUUUAUUUGCUCAAGAUAGCCAAUUUCUCCAGCCUUUUAUUUCUUCACCUAAAAUGGAGAGCCAAAAGAGUGGUUCUCAUGAUAUUCUGGGGCACUUUGGUCUUCUUGAUUUUUCAUCUUGCAGUGGCAAGCACAAAUGCAAAAAUGGAGAUGAAUGUAUAUAAAGGAAACAUCACUUGGGAGAGCAAAUUGAGUGACAUUGCAUACCUUUCAAAUGUGAUCAUAAUCAUUCUUGCAAACUUCAUACCCUUUACUAUGUCGCUGACAGCUGUUCUGCUGUUGGUCUUUUCCCUGUGGAAACAUCUCAAGAGGAUGCAGCUCAGUGGCAAAGGAUCCCAAGAUCCCAGCACUGAGGUCCACAUAAGAGCCAUGCAAACUGUGAUUUCCUUUCUCUUGUUGUUUGUCAUUUCCUUCUUCGCUCAAAUCAUCUCAGUUUGGAAUUCAAGUACUCAGCAGAACAAUUCACUUACCUUGGUUUGCAAGGUUCUUAGAGCCCUGUAUCCAUCAAGCCACUCAUUUAUCCUGAUUUGGGGGAAUAAGAAGCUGAGACAAGCCUUUCUGUCAUUUCUGAGGCAGGUGAGGUGCUGGCUGAAGGAAAGGAAAUCAACGGGGAACCUUGUGUCUUCUGUAAGAAAAUAA